AUGUUGAAGAAUUCAGGCUCAAAACAUUCGAAUUCAAAGGAAAGUCAUUCGAAUUCGAAUUCUGGUCUCUUCCAAAAUUUGAAGCGCUUGGCCAACUCAAAUGCAGCGAAUAACAACACAGGCUCUCCAACCAAUGUAUCUCCACAACAACAGCAUUCUCCUGUGGAGCACGAAGCGGCUACUUCACCAGCAUCUUCAUCAUCUUUUAGGAAACUGAAUGGACCUUCUAGGUCUAUAUCUACCGAAGCAAGGCCGUUGAACAAGAAAUCGACUUUAAACACUCAAAAUCUGUCCCAGUAUAUGAAUGGUAAAAUAAGUGCUGAUGUGCCCGUGUCCUCACAGCAUGCAAGGUCACAUUCAAUGCAAUCGAAAUACUCGUAUUCCAAGAGGAAUUCUUCACAGGCGUCUAAUAAGCUAACAAGACAACAUACCGGACAAAGUCAUUCUGUAUCCAGUCUUCUCUCCCAAGGAUCGCUGACUAACCUAAGUAAGUUCACCACACCUGAUGGCAAAAUUCAUCUGGAAAUGCCCUCUGAUCCGUACGAGGUAGAAGUUUUGUUUGAAGAUAUUAUGUACAAAAGAAAUAUCUUUCAAUCUUUAUCGGGGGACAAGCAAGAGGCACUGAUGAGUUACAGCACCGAGAAGAAAUGGCUGAUUGUAAAGCAAGAUCUACAGAAUGAGCUGAAAAAGUUGCGAGCAAACACAACCUCUUCUUCCACUGCCUCUAGAACAUCGAUAGCGUCGGAUCAUCACCCCAUACUCACGGCUAAUUCAUCUCUUUCAUCUCCUAAAUCUGUUCUGAUGACAAGCGCCUCUUCCCCAACGUCCACUGUAUACAGCAACAGCUUAAAUCAUUCCACUACUCUUUCAUCAGUAGGUACGUCGACUUCAAAGAGCAAGAAAUUAAUGGGCGGGAGUUUGAAAAAGCAACCAUCUCUAAACAAUAUUUAUCGAGGCGGUUCUGAAAAUAAUACAAGCGCAUCCACUCUUCCAGGGGAUAGAACGAACAGACCGCCGAUACAUUAUGUGCAACGAAUCCUGGCAGAUAAACUUACCACCGACGAAAUGAAAGAUCUAUGGGUUACCUUAAGAACAGAACAACUAGAUUGGGUGGAUGCUUUUAUAGACCAUCAAGGCCAUAUUGCUAUGGCUAACGUGCUUAUGAACUCAAUAUAUAAGACUGCGCCACGAGACAGCUUAACAAAAGAAUUAUUAGAGAAGGAGAAUUCUUUUUUCAAAUGUUUCAGAGUUUUGUCAAUGCUUUCACAAGGUUUGUAUGAGUUUAGUACGCAUAGACUAAUGACUGAUACUGUUGCAGAAGGUCUAUUCUCCACUAGGUUGGCUACAAGGAAAAUGGCUACAGAAAUUUUUGUUUGCAUGUUAGAAAAAAAAAAUAAAAGCAGAUUUGAAGCGGUUCUUACCGCAUUAGAUAAGAAGUUUAGAAUAGGGCAAAAUCUCCAUAUGAUUCAAAAUUUUAAAAAAAUGCCACAAUAUUUUUCACAUUUGACUCUUGAAAGUCACUUGAAAAUCAUUCAAGCUUGGUUAUUUGCCGUUGAACAAACUUUGGACGGAAGGGGUAAAAUGGGUUCCUUAGUAGGCGCAUCUGAUGAAUUCAAAAAUGGUGGAGGUGAGAAUGCCAUUUUAGAAUACUGUCAAUGGACAAUGGUUUUUAUCAACCAUUUAUGCUCUUGUUCAGACAACAUAAAUCAGAGAAUGCUAUUAAGGACAAAACUGGAAAAUUGCGGUGUUUUACGAAUUAUGAACAAAAUAAAAUUGCUGGACUACGAUAAAGUAAUGGAUCAAAUCGAGUUAUAUGAUAAUAAUAAGCUUGAUGACUUUAACGUUAGAUUAGAAGCAAACAAUAAAGCAUUCAAUGUAGAUUUACAAGAUCCACUAUCAUUGUUAAAAAAUCUUUGGGAUAUAUGUAAAGGUACCGAGAAUGAAAAACUUUUGGUUUCUUUAGUUCAACACCUUUUUCUUUCUAGUUCAAAAUUAAUUGAAGAAAAUCAAAACCCUUCUAAACUAACCAAACAAUUAAAGGUGAUGGAUUCUUUGGUAACUAGUGUCAGUAUUGCUUCAACUUCUGAUGAAGAAUCUAAUAUGAAUAUGGCCAUCCAGCGGCUUUAUGAUGCUAUGCAAACUGAUGAAGUAGCACGUCGAGCUAUACUAGAAAGUAGAGCUUUAACAAAAAAACUCGAGGAAAUUCAGGCGGAGAGAGAUUCGCUAAGUGAAAAGUUAAGCAAGGCAGAGCACGGGCUCGUUGGACAGUUAGAAGAUGAGUUACAUGGGAGAGAUCGUAUUUUGGCUAAGAAUCAAAGAGUUAUGCAGCAACUGGAGGCUGAGUUAGAAGAGUUGAAAAAGAAGCAUCUUUUGGAAAAGCACCAACAGGAAGUCGAAUUAAGAAAAAUGCUAACUAUACUGAAUUCAAGGCCGGAGGAAAACUCCAGUAUAAAUGAAGGUAUUAGAGGUAAAAACUCAAGUUUAAACUCUUCAGAAAAAGCAAAUAUUCAAAAGGUGUUACAGGACGGAUUAUCAAGAGCAAAGAAAGACUAUAAAGAUGACUCGAAGAAGUUUGGUAUGACACUUCAGCCUAAUAAGAGACUGAAAAUGUUAAGAAUGCAAAUGGAAAAUAUCGAGAACGAAGCUAGACAAUUAGAAAUGACAAAUUUUGCUGAAUUUGAAAAGGAUCAUCUCGAACCUCCAAUACAGAUCAAGAAGCCAAAAUUGAAGAAGAUCAAACAUAAAGACAAAAAGCUUAUAAGCAGACCUCAAGAGGUAGACAUGAACAAACUAAAUGACCUAAGACGAGCUUUAGCCGAAAUCCAAAUGGAAAGUAACGAUAUUUCUAAAUUUAACGUCGAAGAACGUGUAAACGAGCUAUUUAACGAAAAGAAAUCCUUGGCUUUGAAGAGACUGAAAGAACUAGAAACAAAAUACAAGGGAUUCGGUAUUGACUUUAAUGUUGAGGAGAUCAUGGAAAGUCCAAAGAAAAACUCCGCAAAUGAGAGAAAAGAAGAUGGUGCGAAUUAUUCAAGUCUUGAUCCCAGGACAUACCAGAAUAAGUUGGAUGAAAUCAAUAGAAUAACAGAUCAGUUGUUAGAUUUACAAGCACAGACUAAACAAGAUGAUGGUGGAGUAAGCAGUUUGUCCUCUUCUAGCUCUAGUGCUGAAGGAGAGGACGUAUACCAAGAUGCAUUUCCAGCUCAAGAAGUUAGGAGUGAAAACUCAGAGCUAUCUGUAGAAUCAGGUUCUGGAUCUUUUCUCGAUGCAUUAUCUCAAAAAUAUGGCACUGGUCAAAACAAUACGGUAUCAGUUGGUUUGAGAGACAGUGACUAUGUUUCAGUAAUCGGGCAUAUGCCCAGUAAAGUAGAAAAGACUUUCAUGAACAAACUCAGGAAGUCCACGGCGUCUUCUGCCCCAUAUUUGGAAGAGUUAACUCAGAAGGUAAAUAAAGUUGAAUCAUAUGAACAAGAUGAGGAUGAAGUCAGGAGCAAAGAAUCUUCAUCAAAAAACGCUCCGAGAAAUGCAGUUCCCGUCAUAGAUAAAGUCAAGGAAAGUUUCCGAGGACAUGUAGAAAGUAGAGAAGAAGGACGUCUGGACACUAAAGAAGAGGAAAUUGUGAAAAAUGAUGAAGAGACUAUCACAACAAAUCUCAGUGCUGUAUGUGGAUCAGAUAAUGUAGCUAAUGCUAAAAGUAUUACAACCGUAUCUUCCACGCUUCCUCCACCGCCUCCUCCUCCUCCUCCUCCUCCCGUUCCUGUAGAAUUGUUCGGUAAUUCAUUAGAGAAAGAGGAGGAAUCAAAAGAUGAUUCUGUCAAGCAAGAUACUGGAAACGGUGCUGCUCCACCUCCUCCACCGCCUCCUCCGCCCAUGGCAUUGUUUGGCAAAAACAUGGGGGGAACACCUCCACCACCACCACUACCAUCUGUUUUACGUUCAUCAGCUGCAGGUGCUAUUCCGCCCGCUCCACCAAUGAUGCCGGCAUCGCAGGUCAAAUCUGCCGUAACUUCACCGUUACUUCCUCAAUCGCCUUCGUUAUUCGAAAAGUAUCCUCGUCCUCACAAAAAACUAAAGCAGUUGCAUUGGGAAAAAUUGGAUUCCACUGAUAAUUCUAUCUGGGGAACAGGUAAGGCUGAAAAGUUUGCGGACGACUUAUACGAGAAGGGUGUUCUUGCUGAUUUAGAAAAGGCAUUCGCCGCUAGAGAAAUUAAAUCUUUAGCAACUAAGCGUAAGGAAGAUCUAAAAAAAAUCACCUUUUUAUCUAGGGAUAUUUCUCAACAGUUCGGUAUCAACUUGCAUAUGUAUUCAUCACUUUCAGUUACCGAUUUGGUGAAGAAAAUAUUAAACUGUGACAGAGACUUUCUGCAAACACCAAGUGUAGUGGAGUUUUUGUCAAAACCUGAAAUUAUCGAAGUAUCUGUUAACUUAGCCAGGAACUACGCCCCAUAUUCUACGGAUUGGGAAGGUGUUAAGAAUCUUAAAGAUGCGAAACCUCCGGAAAAAGAUCCGAACGAUUUACAAAGAGCAGACCAAAUAUAUUUGCAGUUGAUGGUUAAUCUGGAAUCAUAUUGGGGUUCACGUAUGAGAGCUCUCAUAGUGGUUACUUCAUAUGAAAAAGAGUACAAUGAAUUACUGACAAAGUUAAGAAAAGUUGACAAGGCUGUUGGUGCGCUCCAAGAGUCGGAUAAUCUACGCAACGUUUUUAAUGUUAUUUUAGCUGUUGGUAACUUUAUGAACGAUACUUCCAAGCAGGCACAAGGUUUCAAACUUUCUACUUUACAAAGAUUAACGUUUAUUAAGGAUACUAAUAAUAGUAUGACUUUUUUAAACUAUGUUGAAAAAAUUAUCAGAUUAAAUUAUCCAAGCUUCAAUGACUUUUUAAAGGAAUUAGAACCCGUGUUGGAUGUUGUCAAGGUUUCCAUUGAGCAGUUAGUUAAUGACUGUAGGGACUUUAGUCAAUCGAUUGUAAACGUAGAGCGUUCAGUUGAAAUUGGUAAUUUGAGUGAUUCUUCAAAGUUUCACCCGUUGGAUAAAAUUUUAAUAAAAACUCUGCCUGUAUUACCUGAAGCGAGAAAGAAAGGGGACCUAUUAGAAGAUGAAGUCAAGCUGACUAUCAUGGAAUUUGAAAGUUUAAUGCACACAUAUGGUGAAGAUUCUGGUGAUAAGUUUGCAAAAAUUUCAUUCUUUAAGAAAUUUGCGGAUUUUAUAAACGAGUAUAAGAAAGCUCAAUCUCAGAACUUGGCUGCUGAAGAAGAAGAAAGAAUUUAUGAAAAACAUAAAAAAAUAGUGGAGGAACAGCAGAAAAGGGCACAAGAGAGGGAAAAGCAAAAAGAGAACAGCAACUCAUCUUCAUCAGAAGGAAAUGAAGAAGACGAGGCGGAAGAUAGGCGAGCCGUUAUGGAUAAACUAUUAGAACAGUUGAAAAAUGCAGGUCCUGGUAAAAGUGACCCCUCCUCCGCUAGGAAAAGAGCUUUGGUUAGAAAGAGAUAUCUCUCUGAUAAAGACAAUUCCCAACAACUACUCAAUGACUUGGAUAAUGAAGAAGGGUCUAUUCUCUAUUCUCCAGAAGCCUUGGAUCCUGACGCCGAUGCAGUAAUCCACGCUGAAUCACCAACUCCACUUACUACAAGAGGCACUUUAAAUAUCCCUGAAGAUUUACCAUCACCAUCUAAGGCAUCUACACUGGAAGAUCAAGAGGAAAUCAGUGACAGAGCUAAAAUGUUACUAAAAGAAUUGAGAGGCUCUGAUACCCCAGUAAAGCAAAAUUCCAUACUCGAUGAGCAUCUAGAAAAACUGAGGGCUCGUAAAGAAAGGACCAUCGGUGAAGGCAGCGCUGGUAACAAGCUAAGUUUCAAGUAA